CCCGCCGUGCCCAUUGGCCGCGCCCCGCGGCGGGCCCCGCCUCCCGCGGCGCAGCGGGGGCGGCCUGGCGGCGGCGGACGCGGCCGGGGCGGACGCGCAGCGGAGCCGGAGCUGUAGCUCUCCUGCCCCCGUGGGAGCGUGCCUGGUAUGGGUAAUGGUGUGAGAGAAUGUCCAGUGGAAUUCCAGAGGGAUGUGGAGCCCGUCACAGCCCGAAUUCCAGCAGAGGAUAACCAGGAGAAGAAGAAAGUGCUGAACUCGCUGAUGUCCGGGGCACUGGCUGGGGCUGUGGCUAAAACUGCAGUGGCUCCUCUGGACAGGACAAAAAUCAUGUUCCAGGUGUCUUCAAAGCGAUUUUCUGCCAAGGAAGCGUACAGGCUCAUCUAUCACACCUACCUCAACGAGGGCUUCUGGAGCCUCUGGAGAGGGAAUUCCGCCACCAUGGUGAGGGUGAUCCCCUACGCCGCCAUCCAGUUCUGCGCCCACGAGGAGUACAAGCAGAUCCUGGGGAAUUACUACGGAUUCCAGGGAAAGGCACUGACGCCUUUCCCUCGCUUCAUUGCCGGCUCCCUGGCUGGCACCACGGCUGCCAUGGUCACCUAUCCCCUGGACAUGGUCCGUGCCCGCAUGGCUGUCACACCCAAGGAGAUGUACAGCAGCAUUGUCCACGUCUUCAUCCGGAUAUCCCGGGAGGAGGGGCUGAAAACCUUGUACAGGGGCUUCACUCCCACCAUCCUGGGCGUCAUCCCCUACGCCGGCCUCAGCUUCUUCACCUACGAGACGCUGAAGAAAGUCCACGCAGAGCACAGCGGCAGGGCGCAGCCCUCGCCCCCGGAGCGCCUGCUGUUCGGGGCGUGCGCCGGCCUCAUCGGCCAGUCGGCCUCGUACCCGCUGGACGUGGUGCGGCGCCGCAUGCAGACGGCCGGCGUGCUGGGCCACACCUACAGCUCCAUCCUGCGCACCAUGAGGGACAUCGUGCGCGAGGAGGGACUGGUCCGGGGGCUCUACAAAGGGCUCAGCAUGAACUGGGUGAAGGGCCCCAUCGCCGUGGGCAUCAGCUUCACCACCUUCGACCUGACGCAGAUCCUGCUCCGCAAGCUGCAGCACGGCCCUCAGGGCGCGCAGAGGUAGUGGCUCCCCGGCCCGGCGUGUAGAGAAAGAGCAAUUAAUUCUUCCCUGGCUUCCUCCAGCUGAGAACUAACUCGCCCAUUUGUUGGGUUUGGUUUGGUUUUUUUCUUCCUGUUGUUCCUGGAUUUUUUUUUUCCCUUCAUUUUGGAUUUGGAAGCCUAACCGCUCCCUAAGUGAAAAAUUCCCAGAGCUGAGUGCUCCAAAGCAGCUGCCUCACCCUUCUGAUGGCCUCUGCCCCAGGAGUGGAGCCUCCCCACCCUACCUGUGCUGCUCCUGGCUCCUCACCUGGCUCCCCAGGGCAGGUGGAAGCGGUGCACGAUGGAAGAGGGGGCUGGGAUGAACCCCUGGAUGUGGGAAGUGGCAGUCCUGUAGCUCCCUGCAGCCUGCCAAGUGCAAUACCCCAGCGUGGUCCGUAGGGAAUUCCAGAUUCCUCUGGGCUGUGGAAGCAGGGCAGGCCCAGGACACUACGCCUGCUCCCAAAGCUGAAUGUGUUUGUUCUCUGGCUGGGAAUUUUGCCCUUUCCCCGUGAAUUUUCCUUGGUUUUGGGCUGAGCUGCAUCGCUGUCCCUCGUUUGUGGUGUCCCCUCUGAGAUUACCAAAGACUGCAGGCAGCAGAGGAGGGGAGUUCUGAGCCCUUUAUAAAUGAAAUUUCCCUCUGUGCGUUGCCGGUGUCGCCGAGCAAAGGCUGUGCCAGGAUUCCCAGACCGGAUCCACUCCAGCUGCGUCGGUGUUUUCCUCCUGUGCUGCCCUGCCCUGGAGAAAGGCAGCGUUUUCCAGGCAGGAGCUGUCCCACCCUUCAAAAACCCCGUUUGAUUUAUUCAGUGUUAACUCUGCACCGUGUGAGAACAAACCCUGCUGCAGCCUGGCCUUCGUUCCCUUGGGUUUGGGGCUGUCCCUGGAGCCCAGCCCAGCUCCUGGAUGUCCUGCUUGUCCUUUUUGGUACUUCUGCUCAUUAAUUCACCCCUCAGCUGUGUUAUCCCCAAAAUUCCUCUUGGGAUUUCAUCACCACAGCAUCAACCCUGCAGUGCCAAUCCCUCCCAGCUGGGAUUCACCAACCAACGGCCCAGAACCUCUCAGAGUUCCUCUUGCAGAGGUUUUGAGGGAAUGGAGAUUCUCUUUGAGGGAAAUUUAACAGAUUCUCUGUUAAAAACAGAGGUCAGAGCAGCCCUCAGCCUCCUCUGAUGAGCAGAUGACACAAACCAAGGUGGGAAAAUCCCUUUCCACAGAGUCCAUAAUGUAAGGGAUAAAAAAAAACCCCAAGAUUUAUUUUAAACCCUGUCCUUUUCCUGUGUUUUAGCUGUCCCAGGCAGAUGGGAUGGAAGGAAUUGCACGAGGGGGGCAGGAGCAGCCUUCUCCUUUCUUGUUUUGUCUUUGCACUUCUGUGGAGCGUGAACCUGCUCCUGAUGCCAAAUAUUUCCUUAGGGAUCAGGGGAUGUGGGGGUGGCACUGGAUCAUUCCCAGGGCUGGGAUGGGACUGGCAUUUAACCCCAGGAGCUCAACAUUCCCUGAUUUCCCUGGGAAUUAAAGAUCCCUGGGGUUUUUGGGAGGCUCUGGAGGUGAUGGCCACGAAUUCUGUGUCAUUUUUGGGGGGCUGCUGGAAGAGGCUCAGCUCUGCUUUCCCUUCCCUCAGCCCCCCCAUUUCUUUUCUCCAAUGGAGAAGCCAAUUAUCCUGCUCCUGCCCUGAUCCAGAGGGAGGAAUUCCAGCAGUGUUCAUGUCCCCCUGUCCUGUCCCUUCCUCGUCCCCCUCCAAGCUGGGAAAAGCAGGAAUUCCUGGAAGAAUUAUUCCUUAAUCAGCAGCUGCACCUGAUGUGAAUCCAGUGGAAUUCCAGGCAGUUUUCCCACAAAUUUUGCAGGCUGGGUGUUGGUCCGGGGGCAGAUCUUUGAAUUCAGCCUGUGAUGGUUUUGGUGCUUCUGUUUCUCAGAGUGUGCUGCUGCUUUGGGUUGGUUUAAAAAGCCUUUUUUUCCCUUUUUUUUUUUUUGAUUUGGAAACAGAGCGUUCCCUUCCCUUCUCUUCUUCCCUGCAUGGAUUUAGACAUUUUCCAGAUCUUUUUCCUGAGGUGUGCUGGCCAGGAAGAGCUCUGAGAAAAGAAACAAAACAGGAGUUUUCCCCCUUUUUUUUUUCCUUUCCUGCAGUUCCCUCAUUUCUCACUUUAUUCCUCUCAAAUUUGAUUUCCCACUCACCUCCCUCACUCAUCCUUAAAGCAUCACCACCAAUUUCAUCCUUUUUUGGUUUUAUUUUCCUCUCCCUCCUGCUUCUUCCUGCACUUUGAGCCCCGCACUGGCACUUCGAGAAAACCAGGUCCAAAAAAACGCACCCAGAACGUCAAAAUUGCGGCUUUUUACCCUUUUUUCAACCAGCCCAGCCACGUUUUCCCCUCCCAGCCUGGAUGCUGCAGGAAUUUCAGGCACCACGGGGUGGUUUUGGGGAAGAUUCCUGAGCUCCUGGUUUGGCAUUUUCACUUUAUACCUUGGAGGGGCUGAUUUUUUUUUUCCCCUCCUUUUUUUCCCCUCAUUUUUUUCCCCUCCUUUUUUUUUUUUUCUCAUUUUUUUUCCCCUCCUUUUUUUUCCCCUCUUUUUUUCUCCUCCCCUUUUCCUUCCCCUUUUCCUUCCCCUUUUCCUUCCCCUUUUCCUUCCCCUUUUCCUUCCCCUUUUCCUUCCCCUUUUU